AUGCUUCGCUCUUUUCUACGUGUCCAACAGCUAAAGUGCAACUUGCGCACUUUGCCGAGUGUCCACGCAGACUGUAAACUCCUUCUAAAUCCUUGCAGGAUGGCCAGUUCGGACUUCCGGAUCGAGCGUGACACGUUCGGCGAGCUCAAGGUCCCGGCGGACAAGUACUACGGCGCCCAGACCGUCAGAUCUACCAUGAACUUCAAGAUCGGUGGUCCGUCGGAGCGAAUGCCAUUGCCGCUCAUCCACGCCUUUGGGAUCUUGAAGAAAGCUGCGGCUGAGGUGAAUAAAGACUACGGUCUGGACCCGAAGAUCGCGAACGCCAUCUGCCAAGCGGCGGACGAGGUGGCGGCCGGGAAGCUGGACGAUCAUUUCCCUCUGGUGGUGUGGCAGACCGGCUCCGGAACUCAAACCAACAUGAACGUGAACGAGGUGAUCAGCAACCGAGCCAUCGAGAUUCUCGGAGGACAACUGGGCUCCAAGAAUCCGGUCCACCCAAACGACCACGUCAACAAAAGCCAAAGUUCCAAUGACACGUUCCCCACGGCCAUGCACAUCGCUGCAGCCACGGAAGUCCACCAGGUUCUUCUGCCGGGCCUGCAGACUUUGCACGACGCGCUGGCAGCCAAGGCACAAGAGUUUAAGGACAUCAUCAAGAUCGGUCGCACGCACACCCAGGAUGCCGUUCCACUAUCUUUAGGCCAGGAGUUCGGCGGAUAUGUGCAGCAAGUCAAGUACAGCAUCGAACGAGUCAAGGCGGCCAUGCCGCGGGUGUACGAGCUAGCUGCCGGGGGCACAGCCGUGGGCACGGGCCUCAACACUCGCGUAGGCUUCGCCGAGAAGGUGGCGUCUACGGUGUCCGCCCUGACCGGGCUGCCCUUCGUGACGGCAGCCAACAAAUUCGAGGCGCUGGCUGCACACGACGCCCUGGUCGAGCUGAGUGGCGCCCUAAACACUGUGGCGGUGAGCAUGAUGAAGAUCGCCAACGACGUGCGUUUCCUGGGCUCGGGCCCGCGCUCCGGUCUGGGUGAGCUCAUCCUGCCCGAGAACGAACCGGGCAGCAGCAUCAUGCCCGGGAAGGUCAAUCCCACACAGUGCGAGGCCAUGACCAUGGUGGCCGCCCAAGUGAUGGGCAACCACGUGGCGGUGAGCGUGGGGGGCAGCAAUGGCCACUUUGAGCUCAAUGUCUUCAAGCCUAUGAUGGCCAAGAACGUGCUAAACUCUGCACGCCUCUUGGGCGACGCCAGCGUCUCCUUCAGCGUCAACUGCGUGGCGGGCAUCCAGGCCAACAGGGAACGGAUUGACAAGCUGAUGAAUGAGUCGCUCAUGCUGGUGACGGCACUUAACCCGCACAUCGGUUAUGACAAGGCGGCCACCAUCGCCAAGACGGCGCACAAGAAGGGCUCCACGCUCAAGGCGGUGGCCGUGGAGCUAGGCUACCUCACUGAGGAGCAGUUCGACCAGUGGGUCAAGCCAAGUGAAAUGCUGGGACCCAAGUAA